AUGGUUUCUCGCCCUGGACACGAAGCGACGAUUACAUGGAUCAAAGAAAGAGUUGAGGCUCUGAACAAAUAUUACGACGUCUCUCUCCAGUCUGUCUGGGCCAUUGCUCAAUUCGCUGGCACUGUCAAUGCUUUUUCGAUUGAUGGCAGUAAGAUGCCAAAGUCCUCAUUCUCCUUAUUCGAAUUUUCUCCGAGUGGGAAAGUAACCGUGCCAUUAAUGAUUGUCAAUGGUGGAUGUAACAAGACCGACUAUCCAGCAGACCUAGCGGAAAAGAUCGCCAUUAUUGCCCGUAGAAUUUGGGAUUUUGGUAUCAAAUGGGCACUUGCCGGCUCUUUAGGCGCCUCUGGAGCUAUCUUGUAUAGCAUCAGUGAUGACGGCCCUGUGCAAGGAACGCUUCUUCCUCCCCCACGCCCUCAGGGUCCUUACGUCCCCACACUAAAUAUCAUCAAGGAUGUCUCUGAACCUAUUCUCAUUCUCGGUGCUCAUACCAAUUCAAUCAUCGCUGGCCCGGGUAUCAACGAUGACGGCAGUGGUAUAAAUGCUCUCCUUGAAGUCGCAAGAGCACUUUCAGGAUAUACAGUCAACAAUGCUGUAACCUUUGCGUUCUGGACUGCCGAAGAAUUACACCAGCAUCCGGGUUCAUCCCACUUUCUCCAGACCCUGUCUGCAGCAGAGAAAUCUAAGAUUCGCGCUUAUCUAAACUUUGAUAUGAUUGCUUCACCCAACUACGUCAAUGCUAUCUAUGACGGCGACGGUAAGGCGUUUGGCACCGCUGGCCCCUCUGCUGCUGGUCAGAAUUAUACCGCGGCUCAAUUUGACGGCCGUUCUGAUUACGAAGCGUUUCUUAACGAGGGAAUUCCAACUGCUGAAGAAGUUGUAAUGUUUGGUGGAGAGGCUGGUAGUCCGUACGACUCCUGUUACCACACAGCGUGCGAUACUGUUAACAACCUUAACAUGGAUGCCCUUGUGCUGCGUACCAUGGGUAUCGUAGAGGCAGUUGCUAUGUAUGCAAUUUCUUGGGCGGGGUUCCCAAAAAGAGAGAGGCUGCAAGUACUGUUAAGAAGAACGUAG